AUGACGUCAAAAUUAUUAGCACGUAAUGAACUUGAACGACUAAUAAAACAAAAUGAUUUAUCGAUUACUCUGAAACAAGUUGAACAAACCGAUCGUGCUUCAUCAUUUUGGUCACAAUUUAAUCUUAUUUGUGUUAACAAAAUUGUUCAAAAUUUUGUUAUAUGUAAUAUAUGUCAAACAAUUAUUACCUAUCGAAGUGCUACAGGUACUGGUGGUUUAAAAAAACAUUCAAUAUCCUGCAAGAAAACAUCAUCACCUAAAGCCACACAAUCAACAAUUACAACGUACUAUGGUAAAAAACCUUCAAUCGUACCAGUAAAAUUAAAAAAACAAAUAACCGAUGCUUAUGUUGAUUUUAUUCUGUUGGAUAGUCGUCCAUUUAAAAUUGUAUCUGAUGUUGGUUUUCGCCAAUUACUUCAAAUAGUUUAUAAUGCCGGUAAAUGUUCAAGUAAUUUGGGUGUACUUGAUUUUGCUGAUGCAUUACCGCAUCCAACUACAGUGAGUCGGCAAAUUGAUCAAAUAUAUGAUGUCAGGAAGAAACAAUUGGUGGAUUGGUGUCGAACGCUUGAUACUUAUGCAAUAACAGUUGAUAUGUGGACUGAGAAGUUCAGUGGGAUUCACUUUUGUGGUGUAACAAUACGCCAUGUUGAUAUAAACUUUUAUUUACAUUCAUAUUGUCUUGGUUGUAAACCGUAUACUUUAGCUAAUCAAACAGCAUCCAAUGUUCGCAAAUUUCUUGAUGAUUUAUUAUUAGAAUAUGGUCUUUCAUUAAAUGAAAAUUCAUUCAUUACGACUGAUAAUGAACCAAAAAUGAUAGCAGCACUACGUGGUGCUAAUCGUAUCGGUUGUGCUGACCAUUAUAUCAACAAAAUUUUGGAGCAUUCUUUUACAAUAUCAAACAGUAAUUGUACCGAAGUAAUACAAGUGUUUGAAGCUGUUAAAUCACUUGUUGGAAAUUUUCGAAGAUGCCAUCGUCAAAUUAAGCUUUCACGUAAACUUCAAACAUUUAGUUCUACUCGAUUCAGUGGUGCAUAUUUUAUGCUGAAUGCUUUUAAUUCAAUUUAUGAUGAAUUAAUUGAUGUCUUUAGUGGUUCUCAUUCCAACAACUUUGAAUCUAUUGAUCGAGACUUAUUGUCAGAUCUCUGCCAAUUUCUUCAACGAUUUGAUCAAAUUAUAACAAUUCUUAGUGAUGAAACUCAACCGAAUUUAUAUAAAGUUAUUCCACUACGUGAUAUAUUGAUUGAUCAUUGUGUAUCCAAGUCAGAUGAUAUUUUUGGUAUAAAAAAAUGA